AUGGCCUACAUUGCACCCAUUCACCGGCCCAGCAGCGUCAGACAUGCGCUGAAGCUCAGCUUCCUGUCUCCAGAUGAGGAUUGCCUCGUGGUCGCGAAGUCAAACAGACUCGAAUUCUACACACAGGAAUCCGAUGGAUUGGCCCUAAAACAUUCAAAGGCCAUCUAUGGCAAGGUUACUAUGCUUCAGAAGCUCCGGCCCGCGCUAUCAUCGACCGACCACCUCUUCGUAGGUACCGAUCGUUUCAUGUACUUUACCUUGUCAUGGGAUGCCGAAAAGAGACAGCUCCAAACAGAAAAGUCUUUUGCCAGCGUUGCCGACAAUGCUGCAAGAGAAUCGCAAACAGGCGAGAGAUGUCACAUCGACCCGUCAGGACGCUUCAUGACGGUCGAAGUAUACGAGGGCAUCAUAACUGUCAUACCGCUGGUUCAGAGGGGAAAGAAGAGGAAGCAAGAGGCAGAUAUUGCCCACCUAGGGGAGCCCCAGCCCGUCCGAUUACCCGAGAUGUUCAUUCGCUCGUCCGCCUUCCUCCGUCCACGAUCACCCGACGAGAAGCCAAAGAUGGCUCUUUUAUACGAAGACACACACUCGCAAGUCAAAUUGAAGCUACGAGAACUCACAUAUGCCGGCGACGAAGUAGACUUGCAAGAAGGAGAGAUAUGCGAGAGUGAUCUCGAGCUUGGGUCUAGCCACUUAAUACCAGUCGAGAAACCCUCACAUGGCCUAGUAGUCAUCGGAGAAACCUCGAUAGGAUACUACGAUGAUGAGAGUGGAGAGAUACACUCGGAGCCGCUCGACGAGGCCACCAUUUUCGUAGCCUGGGAGCGCAUUGACGCCCAACGAUUCGUGCUUGCCGAUGAUUACGGCCGCCUAUAUAUGUUCAUGCUGGUUUUGAGUGCACAAGGCAAGGUGCAGUCGUGGAAACUAGAUAUAAUCGGACAGACGUCUCGGGCAUCGACUUUGGUAUAUCUAGACGCGGGCUACGUCUAUGUUGGCUCGCAUCAAGGCGAUUCGCAGGUCAUCAAGAUUGCAGAAAAGUCCAUGGAGAUUGUUCAGACUUUCUCUAACAUUGCUCCAAUACUCGAUUUCACAAUCAUGGAUAUGGGGAACAGAUCUGGCGAAGGCCAAACAAACGAAUAUUCUUCCGGCCAAGCACGGAUAGUAACUGCCAGUGGCGCAUACCAAGAUGGCAGUCUUCGAAGUGUCCGAAGCGGGGUGGGACUAGAAGAUCUUGGUGUGUUAGGCGAGAUGGAGCACAUCUCUGAUCUUUUCAGCUUGAAGUCGACUGCGUCUGCACAGUACGCGGAUACGUUACUAGUGAGUUUUGUCAAUGAGUCGCGCAUAUUCCGCUUCGAUCCUCAGGGCGAGGUGGAGGAAGUGGACGAGUUUGCUUCUCUCGCACUGGAUGAGACAACACUAGCCGCGGCAAACAUCUCACAAGGCCGAAUUAUACAAGUCACCAACGGGCGGGCUCGUAUAUGCGAUCUAGAUGGCGGCAUGAUCACAUCUGAAUGGCUACCAAUGGGCGGGCCGACCAUCACUGCAGCUUCCAUCAACGAAAGCCAUGUACUGGUAUCCCUGGGGGGUGUAACCGUCGUGUCUAUAAGCAUGGCCAAUGGUCUGCAGGUGGUCAAGGAGAAGACAUUCGGUGCGGAAAGCCAAGUGGCUUGCAUUGCUCUCCCAUCAGACUCGAGCUCGAUAUGUUUCGUUGGUUUCUGGAACAAUUCGGGACUCGCCAUAUGCUCUCUCGAUACCCUGGAACCUGUCAAGACGGUCCAAAUCUCCGAUGAUUCUGUUCCGCGCUCGUUACUGCUUACACAAAUCUUCCCGGGACAACCACCGUCGCUUUUUGUCGCUCUGGCCGAUGGUAAUGUCGUUACAUAUGCUUUUGAUCCGUCAACGCACGAGCUGUCUGGGAGAAAGAGCAUUGUUCUCGGAACACGCGAAGCCACCUUCCGCGCUCUUCCCCGAGGUGAUGGGCUUUUCAAUGUCUUUGCAACCUGCGAGCAUCCCUCUUUGAUUUACUCAUCCGAAGGUCGUCUCGUAUACUCCGCCGUUACAGCCGAAAAAGCAACAACAGUGUGUCCAUUCGAUUCGGAAGCAUACCCCGGCUCCGUCGCCAUCGCCACCCCAGAAGAUCUCCGCAUCGCUCUUGUGGAUACGGAGCGAACAACACACGUACAAACACUAAAGGUCGAUGAAACAGUACGACGCAUAGCAUACUCGCCGAGUUUGAAAGCUUUCGGGCUCGGCACCAUCAAGAGGAUAUUGAAAAACGGCGAGGAAGUGAUGGCCAGUCACUUCAAGCUCGUCGACGAGAUCCAAUUCAAGGAACUAGACAGCUACGCUCUCAACGAAGAAGAACUCAUAGAAUGCGUCAUGCGCUGCGAACUACCAGACGGCUCUGGCGGUGUCGCAGAGCGCUUCGUGAUUGGCACCGCAUACCUCGAUGAUCAAAGCACGACUUCAGAACGUGGCCGUAUACUCAUUCUCGAAGUAACACCAGAACGCAUCCUCAAGCUCGUGAUGGAAAUUGCAGUAAAAGGCGGAUGCAGAUGUCUAGCAACAUGCGAAGGCAAGAUCGUGGCCGCGCUCAUCAAGACAAUAGUAAUCUACGACGUCGAAUAUCCAACUCAAACCCCCUUCCUCACCAAACUAGCCACAUUCCGCUGCUCCACAGCACCAAUAGACAUCACGGUCAACGGGCCCAAGAUUGUGAUUGCAGACCUCAUGAAAUCACUCGUCGUCGUUGAAUACACAAAAGGCGAGGCGGGCCUUCCAGAUAAACUGGUCGAAGUAGCGCGGCAUUACCAGAUUACGUGGGCCACAGCCGUGGCAGAGGUAGACACGAACAUGUAUCUCGAAAGCGACGCCGAGGGUAAUCUUAUGGUGCUAUACCGCGACCCGAAUGGUGUCACGGACGAUGAUAAGAGACGGUUGAAUGUUAGCUCAGAGAUGCUGCUCGGUGAAAUGGUGAAUCGUAUACGUAGGAUAGAUGUCUUGACGGCUUCCGACGCGGUUGUUAUUCCUAGAGCUUUCGUCGGUACUGUCGAAGGCUCCAUCUAUCUCUUCGGCCUCAUAUCUCCCGCCCACCAAAACCUCCUUAUGACGCUGCAAUCCAACCUCGGCGCUCUCAUUCCCGCACCAGGCGACAUGGACUUUGCCAAGUUCCGCGCGUUCAAGAAUGGGGUAAGGCAAGAGGAGGAGCCGAUGCGUUUUGUGGACGGGGAGUUUGUAGAGAGGUUUUUGGAUCAGGGUGAGGAGGUGCAGGUCAAGGCUAUUGAGGGGUUAGGUGUGGGACUUGAGGAGGUUAGAGGUUUGAUUGAGGGGUUGAGACGGUUGCAUUAA